UAGUAUACAUUUGAACUCCCAUGAUGGACAGAAAAUAUUUAAAUGCCUGCAAUGUGGAAAAAUCUUUGGAAGGAAACAUAGUCUUAAUGUCCAUCAAAGAAUUCACACAGGGGAGAAGCCAUACAAAUGCUUGCAGUGUGGAAAGAGCUUCAGUGAAAGUGGAAAGCUUACUUUACACCAAAGAAUUCACACAGGGGAGAAACCAUAUAAAUGCCUUCAGUGUGGAAAAAGCUUUGGACGGAAAGAUAACCUAAUGUCCCAUCAAAGAGUUCACAUAGGAGAGAAAAGAUGUAAGUGCCUCGAAUGUGGGAAAACCUUCAGUCAUAUUGGGCACCUUACUUCCCAUCAAAGAAUUCACACAGGGGAGAAGCCAUAUAAAUGUCGGGACUGUGGGAAAAGCUUCACUCAUAGUGGAAGCCUUAGUUCCCAUCAAAAAAUUCACACAGGGGAGAAAAAAUAUAGAUGCUUGGACUGCGGAAAAAGCUUCCAUCAGAGUGGAAGCCUUACUUACCAUCAAAGAAUUCACACAGGGGAGAAACCAUAUAAAUGCCUGGAGUGUGGGAAAAGUUUCAGUCAGAAUGGAAGCCUUACAUCUCAUCAAAGAAUUCACACAGGGGAGAAACCAUAUACAUGCCUGGAAUGUGGAAAAUGCUUCAGUCAGAAUGCACACCUUACUUACCAUCAAAGAAUCCACACAGGGGAGAAGCCAUAUAAAUGCCUAGAGUGUGGAAAAAGCUUCACUCACAGUGGAAGCCUUACUUCUCAUCAAAUAAUUCACAUGGGGGAGUAAAAAUAGAAAUGUGUGGAAUGUGGAAAAAGCUUUGGGCAGAAAGAUAACCUCACAUCUCAUAAAAGAAUUCACAUUGGAGAGAAAAAGAAUGAGUGCCCCGUGUGUGGGAAAACAUUCAGUUCUAAAUCAAACCUGAAUGCACAUUGCAAAAUCCACAGUGCAGAGAAACCAUAUAAAUGUCCAGAAUGUGAUAAGAGCUUCAGUGAUAGCAAAAGUCUUACUUUGCAUCAAAGAAUCCACACAGGAGAGAAACCCUAUACAUGUCUGGAUUGUGGAAAAAGCUUCAGCCGGCGCACCACCCUUACUACUCAUCAAAGAAUCCACAGGGGCGAGAAACCAUACAAAUGCAUGGAGUGUGGGAAAAGCUUCAGUGAUAGCACCAGCCUAAGCUCCCAUCAGAGAAUCCACACAGGUGAAAAACCAUUUCACUGUCUGGAGUGUGGAAAGAACUUUGCUUAUAGUGCAAGCCUUACUACGCACCAAAGAAUUCACACAGGAGAGAAACCUUACCAGUGCUUGGAGUGUGGAAAAAGCUUCAGCGAUAGCACAAGCCUGAGUUCCCAUCAAAGAAUUCACACAGGAGAGAAACCAUAUAAAUGCUCUGAGUGUGGGAAAAGCUUCAGUGAGAGCACAAAGUUGACUUCGCAUCAAAGAACACAUGCUGGGGAAAAACCGUAUCACUGUUUGGAGUGUGGGAAGAGCUUUGCUUAUAGUGCAACUCUGAGUAGACAUAAAAGAAUCCACACAGGGGAGAAACCGUAUAAAUGCCAGGAGUGUGGAAAGAGCUGCCGUGAUAAUGCAAGCCUUCGAUCACAUCAAAGAAUCCAUACAGGUGAGAAACCAUAUAAAUGUUCAGAGUGUGGAAAGAGCUUCAACCAGAGUUCACAUCUGACUGUACAUCAGAGAAUUCACUCAGGUGACAAGCCAUAUAAAUGCUUGGAAUGUGGAAAGAGUUUCAGUAAUACCACGCACCUCAAUUCUCAUGAAAGAAUUCACACAGAGGAGAAACCAUAUCAUUGUUCAGAAUGUGGAAAGCGCUUCAGGUCAAGCACAACUCUUACUUCACAUCAAAGAAUUCACAGUGGGGAGAAACCAUAUAAAUGCUUGGAGUGUGGGAAAAGCUUCCACAACACCACACAUCUUAAUUCCCAUGAAAGAAUCCACACAGGGGAGAAGCCAUUCCAUUGCUUGGAUUGUGGAAAGCGCUUCAGGUGGAACAGAGCCCUUACUUCGCAUCAGAAAAUCCAUACGGGAGAGAAACCAUAUAAAUGCUUGGAAUGUGGAAAGAGCUUCAGGUGGAGUGCUCACUUUACUGCCCAUCGGAAAAUGCACACAGCAAAGACACCAGAAAAUGUGUAGCGCUGUCAUAAAAGCUUGU